AUGGGUAAUACAAACUCUGCAGCAAAGAGCGGAUCGAACCAAAAUCAACAACAACAACGUGGUGGUGAUUCUGGACAACCUUUAAGCGACACCUCAAGCAAUGGAGCUACUUCACCAUCGUCUGCCUACGAUACUUCUUCACCGGUAUCUUUGGUUGGGGGAACUGACUUGCUUCGAGAACCACCUCCAUUAAAGACUGUCCUCGAUGAACUCAGUGCAAAAGACCUAAAGAUAACGGUUGAUUUGCUCGAAGGUUUAUUCAAGCGUUGUUGUUUUAUGGAGAUUGAGUCAUUCUUUGAUAAAUAUCCAUCAGAAGACACUUUAAAAUGUCAAUUUGGCGCAACGUGUUUCUUUAAUGGACCACAUAUUGAUGAGAAUCAUUCAUUUACAGUUGGAGAAAACUCGUCAGCUGUUUGUGAUUGUGGUAAUGCCGAGUCGGUCAAUCCACAUGGGUUCUGUAUCGACCAUCAGAAUGUGGACGAAGACAAUCAGAUCAAGCAGUUCCGAUCGGUACAGCCAUUUGUCCAAAAGGAUUUGCAUUUGUUUUUCAGAUAUAUAUUUGCCUAUUUGCAAAGAGUGACUGCGGUGCCUGCCGACUUUGAAGCCAACAAGCCAAACGUUGAGACGAUUCUCGAAUGGCUCGCCUUCCUCGCAUCACGUUCAUCCAUCUUAAUUCACAUCAUCUCGCAGGAAGUGUCGUCACAACGUCUCGACUAUAACAACUUUGACCUCAACUCUCCACUUCCACUCCCCUACGCAACCAAUGAGAAUGUCAUGUUGGAGUCGCACCAUUUCCUCUCCUACAUUUUCCGUAGACCAAACCUUCUCGAGUACUUUCUCGAUCUCCUUACACUCUUGAUCGACAAUCAUCGUCUCUUUCGUUUUGUUCUCUUUGAAGAGUACCUCAAAAACUAUGUCGACAUCUUUACGCCACGUGACACCCUCUCUACUGAAAUCACAAUGUUGAUUGGUUCAUUCUAUCUUGAAACCUCUUCCAUCCUCAUUCCAUUUACUACUGGUCUAUCUUCAAAUAACUUUUUAGAAUUAAUUUUUAAAACUCAUAAAGAUUAUAUGAAACUUUUAGAACCAUUUUAUAAAUCAGAUAAACAAAUUGAAAAAGAGGUAAUGUUACAAACCGAUCUAACAUGUGUACCAAAACUAUUCAAAAACAAACAAGUUGGAAAAUACUUUGUAGAACAUGAUAAUAUGAUCAAGUUGUACUUGGAGUUUGCAUUGGCUCUUCAUAACUUUACAUCUCCUCAAUUUGUUGAUCCAACCAUCACUACAACCUGUUUCCUCGUUGCCCUCGAACACAAACUCAUGUCAUCGAUCAAGAAUCUUGUCGAAGUUCAAAAACCAGAGAAACCAGAUACCCCUGCUAAAUUAUCUUUGGCAAUCAUUGGUCAAAUCAACAAACUUGUUUAUCCACCACUUUUUGAAAGAAAUGGAUUAAAAUUACCACACCAAGAUUUCUUCCAAAAAUUCAAGUAUAGUGAAAUUCCAGUUCAUUUCCCAUUGUAUAGAAUGCUUUGUAAUGUUAUUUUGGAAGGUAGUCAUGUUGGAUUGGUUGAUACCAUCAAAUCUGUCUAUACAACUGAAGAUGUUGUCAAUAUGGUCAACACUGUACUGCUUUUCAGAGUUUGUUACAUCUCUUAUGAUCCAUCAUAUGAUCCAAAGGAAAACCUUUUAAAGUCACAACAAUCAACUGAAUUCCUCACUGAUCCAACCAUGAUGUGUGAUCUCUUUGCUCUUCAAGUAGGUCUUAUGAUCUUAGGUCCAAGACAUUAUCUUCAUACUUUUUUCAAUGUUAUUACUUCUGUUGAUAUUUAUAACAAUAGUACAGCAUUUAAUGAAUUAUUUGCUUUAUUAAUUUCAUCAUUCCAAGUUAGAGGUACUGUUAAUCCAACUGAAGAUGAAAUUAGAUAUCAUAUGAUUCAAGUUAUUUCAUCUGGUUUCUUUAUUUUAGAAAAUCUAAAAUUAGGAUUUAUAUUUAAAGAAACACCACCAUCAACCAUUAAAAAGAUAGUUGAAGAGGUAUCAGUUAAAAAGGAACAAGUUAGAGUAUUAAAGGAUGAAUAUUGGAAGGAUGUUGAUUUGUUUUAUCCAUUCCUUUCACUCAAAUACAAGAAUAUUCUAAAGUCUAGAACCAUUCAAAACUACAAGGAAUACCAAAAGCGUAACGACAUUCCAGACGAAUUCCCCAUUCCUCCCACUCUUACACCACUCAAGCCACAAUUCAAGGCCGUUCAAGAUGUGUUUGACGAUCCAACACUCUUUGAAAUUGUGUUUGCCGUCCUUUUAGAGUUCCUCCACAACGACUAUAUCGGAUACGACGAUUCAUUUGAUUUGUUGCCAGUCAUUAGAUUAUUGCUCAAAAAGACUGAUAUCGUUGCCAACGACUUCCUCUACAUCUUGGCUUCGGGUCUCAAGACCUUCCACGAUGAACAUCUCCCAACACUAGAGGGCAAGGAAGAGAUUCAAAAAUCGAUCGACGAGUUUUAUGCACUCGAAAACAAAUUGGAAUGGGUUACACCAAGAAAACUCUCCUUUUUCAAUGUCAUCAAAAAGUACAAUGUUGAAUUGGCCGUUGGACAAGACAAAAAGCAAACAUCGCUUUUGGAUUUGUUGAUUGAAAUUUGGCAAUCCACCAAACAGUCACUCAACGUGGAGAAAAAGGCUGCUCUUCGUUACAUCUUUACUAUGCUCGGUGACUUUAAUGCCAACAUUAAACAAUACAUCAAGGAUGUUGGUGUUGAACUCGGUCAAUCAACUCAAACCUCUCAAGAGGAAAUCGAUCAAAAGAAAUCCAUCUCGGAUAAGCGUAAAAAGAUUCUCGAACAAAUGCGUCAACAACAACAAUACUUUUUAUCAGCUGCUGAAGGUAAACUAGAACCAAGUUCACCAACCAUUUCAAGUAUUGUUUCUACUCCCCCAGCAAAUAUCAAUGAUGAAGAAAAGUUGGAAAAGGUAAAGGUUGAAAAGAAAGAAAAGGUUGAAGGUGAAGAAGAGGAAGAAGAAGAAGAAUCAACCUCUACUACUACUACUACUACGACUACCACUACUACUACAACUUCAACUAAGAAACAAGAAGAUGAAGAAGAAGAAAUUGAAGAGAUUGAAAAACCAAAGAUUGUAGAACCAAAGAUUGAAAAAACUAAAAUCGAAGAAUUUGAUGAAGAAGAGGAAGAGGAAGAAGAAGAACCUUUGGAAGAGAUUAAGAAUGUACCAAUAAUGUCACCACCAAAUCCAUCACUACUCAAGAUCAAGGAGAUAUUUGAUGAUGAUGAAGAACAUGCUCAUCAAGAACCAGUCAAUCUCGAUGAAUGUUGUAUUAUUUGUCAAACUGGAAAGGAACAAGAGAUCCUCUACUCUAUUGGAUACAUUGAUAUUACAUCUACAUCUCAAUUACACAACAAGUUGGAAGUCGAACGUCACAUUGCCGAUGAAACUCUUCCAGAUGCCUAUGUCAACUUUUUGGACGAGUACUAUUACAAUGAGAUCAAUCCAGGAUCUCUACCAUACCUCCCCAACAAGGGUGACGAGCCAUCGUUGUUUGCUUGUUUCCUCUUUUACCGUUCCGCAUCUACCUACAUCUCUUCGUGUUCUCAUAAUGUUCAUCAAACCUGUUUGAGAAAACUACAUCCAACCUUUGAAGAUGGAUUCUCUUGCCCAUUGUGUUCGUUGCCAUCCAAUGUUAUCAUUCCACUCACAGUUGACAACACUAUCGAAUCGCUCGAAGCACGUAAACUCUUUUACACUGCUUUGUGCAAGUUUGACUUUUUCCUCUUUAUGAACAAGGAGAAUGCUACGGUGAUUGAGAGAUACAUGUGGAAGUAUGUAUUGCAAAACAUCGAGACACUCGAACUCAAGUCUAGAAAGACGUCACUCUACUCGGACAGUCCAUACUUUUUGAUGAAACAAACCGAGUUUAACAAGGAAGUGGCAACACUCAAACGUCUCUUCAACGUCAUCAUGGCAUGCAACGUGCCACCUAUCCAAGAAGGACACUUGCCAAUGGAGAGCAGCUACCUCUUUUUAAUGGACCCAUUUAUCGCUUCGACCUACCAAGUGUAUCUCUCCAACUGUGAUCCAUUCAACUGUAUCGCACACGGUUACACAGUCUAUCUCUUUAACAUGCUCAUCAUGCACAUGAUGCGUACAGUUGGCCACGCUGAUAUCACCAAAAAGUCGCUCACUGCCUUUAUCAACGAUGUCAAGGCCAAUCCACUCGGCCCAGAGGCCAUUGAAGACUUUAACGACCAGAUCCUACCAUACCUCCGUAAGAUGUACCUGUUCCGUGAGUUUUACCUACCCGUCACAGCCGAUAGUCCACAAGCCACCAUUUCCAUUGAAGAUUUCUCUGAUUUUGGCAAGAUGAAAGAGUACCUCAAUGUCAACUCGAUCGACAAGUUUGUAUCGGCCAUGGACUUUACACCAUUGAUUGAUCACUACUGCUCACUAGUCAAUACACCAAAGGGAUCCAAGUUUGUAGGUGUCUAUCCUCCACCAUCAUCCUUUAAGCACUUGCCCAAGUUUAUCAACCUUCCCGAACGUUAUAUUGACUUUUUGCGUGUCAACUUGGAUGGUGGCCACUGCGACCACUGCAAAAAUCUUAAGAAAUCAGUCUGCAUGUUUUGUGGUUUGCGUUUCUGUGUCUCUGACAAUUGCAAGGGCAGCAGCUUUAUCCACUCUUACCGUUGUCCAAACACCCCAUUUGGUCUCUUUAUGUGCAUCGAUAAUCCAUUAGUCAAGGUUCUCAAAGAGGAGCAUGGUAAAACAUCCAGUUUCUAUCCAUUUGGCAUCUACCUCAAUCCACAUGGUGUUGAAUGUGUAACUCCCGAUACUUCCCUCACCCUCUCCCAAAAGAAAUUAAAGAAUCUCUACAAACAUUGGAUGAAUAGUAAUAAUUCUAGAAAGUUUAAUUAA